AAUAAAACAUUAAAUCAUUGACAGCAAUAUGAAGUUAACGGCGCUCUGCACCCUGGUGUCUUUUUGCUUAAUGGCAAAUAUGAGCAAAGUUGCUGUUGUUGCUGAUGUUGAUGAAUAUGCGAAUUCACCGCAACUUUCGGUUGGUUGUGAUGUUAAGGACUGGAGUGGCGAAUGCUUACAGGAGAAACCAAUAAAUCCUUUAAAGAAUAAGGUUGAUAGCGUCGUUGGGCUAGAGAUGAAAUUAAUUUUAGGAAAUCCAGGGACUUUUGAUGCUCUCAGUUCCGCAAAGCAUAGUAUGGAAUCUUUAAAAGAGGCUUUAGAACGUGAAAAUUUAAUUAGGCCCGAUGACAAAAUUGUUACCAAUACCGUUACUACCCUUCUAGGCUUAAAGAGUGGUUUAGAUGAUUUAAAGAAUUCUUUAGAAAAACAAAUUAAUAGAAAAACGCAAUUGUUCAAUUCACAAAAUACAACUCCGGAUCCCACAGAUGUUUUCCAGGGUGAUAAAUUAAUAAAGGGAUUAGAAGAUGUAAACACCGAUAGUAGCGCAAAAUUAAUUAGCCAAGCCCGCGCCGAUACGGGGGAUAAAUUAGUCCAACGGAUAAAUGAUGCGCGUGCCGUUACGGGCGAUAACUUAGCAAAACGAUUAGAAGAUGCACGCAAGGAAGCCCAAGUUGGGAAAUUAACUGUUACGGAUGUCGAAAAAAUUCGUAAUAAUUUAAAUUCUCCUCUUCAAUUUGGUAUAAAUGGGGCGGCCACACCGCAAUUGUUUUAAUUGAUAUUUAAUUUCAUUUACAUUACAGAU